AUGAGCACAGUCCCAAGUUCUACUAAUCGUAAACCAAGCACGCAGCCAAAACUUGGUGUCUUCGUUUAUUUACUAGUAUCUAUGGCUGUAAUUGGUGGCUUUUUAUUCGGUUAUGAUACCGGUAUUGUUUCAAGUACGAUGCUUUAUGUGGAACAUAAUGCUGGUAUGAGGCCUAUGAGCACGCUUUGGAAGGAACUAAUCGUCAGCAUAACACCAGGCACAGCUGUGAUCGGUUCUCUAUUCGCUGGUCCAGCAUCUGACCAUUUCGGGAGAAAGAAAGUCAUCUUGUUCUCCAGUAUUGUGUUUGUGUUUGGUGCAGUUAUUUGUGCGUUAUCCCCUGAAAAAAUAACAUUACUUAUGGGGAGAUUUCAACUCGGUCUUGCUAUUGGAUUUGCAUCAAUGACAGUGCCAAUUUAUGUUGGUGAAGCAUCCCCUUUGCACAUUCGUGGCAUUCUACUUACUGCUUUCCAGUUAAUGAUCACCUUUGGCUUGAUGGCUGCCAAUAUCAUUGCUGGUGGAUUCUCAUAUAUUGAUCCUGUGAAUAUUGGCUGGCGUUUAAUAUUCGCAUUUGCUGCUCUACCAGGUGUAAUACAAUUCGUCGGUUUUUUGUUCCUGCCCGAGAGCCCACGAUGGUUAUAUAAAAUGGAACAAAAGGAAGAAGCCUGCAAGGUUUUGAGGAAAAUCUACAAUGGAUACGAGGAUUGGAUAGCGUAUGAAAUUUCUGAAAACGCGGAAUCAUUGGAAAGUGAAAAGAAAGCUAAAGAGGCUGUCGGUGAGUCGAUGUUGCUUGGACGAAUCUUAACAACACCGCAUGUUCUGAAAGCACUUGUUAUUGGAUGCUCGUUGCAAGCUUGUCAGCAACUUUCUGGAAUUAACACCAUUAUGUAUUAUACGGGUACGAUAAUUCAAUCAGCUGGUGUUCAAGAUCCACAUACGGCUAUCUGGAUUUCAGCUGGCAUUUCAAGUGUCAACUUCUUGGCCACAUUUGUGCCCAUGUAUUUAAUAGAGCGUAUUGGGCGUCGGCUAUUGCUAUUUAUAUCAAUGACUGGUGUGAUAUUAGCAUUAUUUGCUAUGGGAUCCUCUUUUUUAUUAAUAAAUCUUGAUUCAGCUGCUUCGCUAGAUCCAAACACCAUCUCUCUCGAUACUUCUGUAGAUCACUAUAUGCAGUGUCGAGUCUUAAGCAACUGCGACCAUUGUGUUACUGAUGAAAAAUGCGGCUUUUGCCAACCGAGCCUCGAUUCACCUGAAGGUUAUUGUUUACCAUAUUCACGCGUAUUUCCCGACCGAUCACUGAUUGGGCCAUGCGAAAACAGUAGCACAGCAACAACCAAAUGGGCACAUUCAUUCUGUCCAUCAAAAUACGCAUUUUUACCCAUUGCUAUUAUGGUGUUCUACCUGGCAUUCUUUUCUAUUGGUUACGCACCAAUGCCCUGGGUGUUGAAUGCAGAAUUUUAUCCACUUUGGGCACGAAGUACAUGUUGUGCAUUGUCAACAUCCUUCAACUGGAUAUUUAACUUGAUUAUUUCUUUGACAUUUUUAUCCCUCACGCAAGCUGCUACUAAAUAUGGUUAUACUGUGCAUUUUUUCAUUUAUGGUUGUAUAACGUGCGUUGCGCUUAGCUUUUUCUACUUUGUCAUACCCGAAACAAAGGGCUACAAUAUUGAAGAAAUCGAAUUACUGUUUAUGUCUCGAGCUAAAAAAAGGCAACAAAUCAUGCCAAUGACUGAUCAGCGAUUUAAUGAGAAAAAACACCGCGAUAUGACAAGAGUCACCUGUAAUCAAUCAGACGUAUUUUGA